AUGAUGCAAGCCACCAAGCCUAAUGACAGUGCAGAUAUUGGUCAAACGUCAAUGGUCCGAAAGCUGAAGACUAAGGAAAGGAAGAGAAAAAGAAAUGAGAAUUACGAGUAUAGCAAUAAGAAAAGGGACAAAGGACACAUUGAGGCUUCACAUUCAAUUAUCACUCUUGCAGAUGACACAAAAAAGAUCAGUGCAGCGAAAGAAAAAGAGAAAUACGAUAAGGAAAUU